GCGAGCCGGUGUGGAGCGAAACGCAACAUAAACGAUCAGCUGAAAGUCUGUAACUAACCGUGUCGCCUUUGAUGAACAAAUUGUGGGUGAUUAUUGUAAUGGAAGUUUGGAUAGGUCACCAUGGCAUGUGCUGGCCUCUGGUACCUAAUAAAUCGCAGGAUAACAUGGAGCUCAGCGGAAUGAACAAGGUAUGCAAUGACGAUGAUAAUAUGACCGUCUAUGAGGAAGUAUUGGGGAUGUGUGUAUCAUGUUCAACGUGUGAUCUGCAGUCCCAGGACGAUCACUGCUAUACUUGCCGAGCACUUGGAAUUAUUCCCAGUGGAACAACGCCAUCACCGGUGCGUCAAGACAUUGAAGUGCCGGGUGACCAAGGAGACAAAGACCGCGGCUCGUCUAAGGAUGUUGUCAAAAUCAAUAACGAAAUUGACAACACUGACGGUAUCGAUAACACUCAUGGGUUGCCAAUUGGACUUGCACUUGGAGGAGUCUGUGGAGGCGUCUUUACAUUGACUCUCGUAGUAGGAGUGACAUUGCUGAAGAAACGAAGAAACGGGUUGGUACCUGUACAACAACAUGACGAUGCAGCAGUAGGGCAGUCAACGCACCUUCCGCCCCAGCAAGAGACCAACCCGCCAGACAAAUUUCACCCAAGCGCUGCCCUCACUAACACAGAAGGAUUUAACCAAAACUCGGGUUUGCUUGAAAUCACUUUGUAAGCUCUUCACAAGUUUGUUUGGACAUCGAGGUGUGACUUUAAUGCUAGUAAAAUAAGCAUUUAAAAUUAGUAUCAAACGGGGAGGGGUGGGGGAUAACGCAAAAAAAAUCAUUUAACAGUAAUAUCAUUAAGUAAUAUCAUGAGUCAUGGCUUUUUAUAAAGCCUUUGUGUUGAGUUUAGUUUACCCGAACCCAACACUGUGUUCGGCUAAAUUAAAGAAGCUGGUCUGAGAUGCACUGCAAAUAUUAUUGAAUACCAGAUCACCGAUAUAUAGUCCAACAUUGUGUUCGACAGACACAGAAGUAUUGUCGACAAUGGUGGAUGCAUGUUCUGUAAUGAAGGCCUAAGUGUUCGCUGGCUUUAUAAAGCCCCAAACUGCGGCUGGCAGAAUAUUACAGAGGCUGGUCUGAGAUGCACUGCAAACAAUGAAUUUUGGUUACAAAGUUAGCCGAAUUUAUCUAGUCCAACAUUAUGUUCGACAGACAGAAGUUUUGUGGACAAUGGUGGGCUCAUUUUCUGUAAUGAAGGCCUAAGUGCUGAUGUUGGCUUUAUAAAGCCCCAAACUGCGGUUGGCAGAAUAUAACAGACGCUGGUCUGAGAUGCACUGCAGACAACGAAUUUUGGUUACGAAGGUAGCCGAUAUAAACUUUUCCAACAUUGUGUCGGACAGACAGAAGUUUUGUCGACAAUGGUGGAUGCAUGUUCUGUAAUGAAGGCCUAUGUGUUGGUUGGCUUUAUAAAGCCCCAAACUGCGGCUGGCAGAAUAUUACAGAGGCUGGUCUGAGAUGCACUGCAAACAAAGAAUUUUGGUUACAAAGGUAGCCGAAUUUAUCUAGUCCAACAUUGUGUUCGAGAGACAGAAGUUUUGUGGACAAUGGUGGGCUCAUUUUCUGUAAUGAAGGCCUAAGUGCUGAUGUUGGCUUUUGAAGCCCCAAACUGCGGCUGGCAGAAUAUUACAGAGGCUGGUCUGAGAUGCACUGCAAACAAUGAAUUUUGGUUACAAAGUUAGCCGAAUUUAUCUAGUCCAACAUUAUGUUCGACAGACAGAAGUUUUGUGGACAAUGGUGGGCUCAUUUUCUGUAAUGAAGGCCUAAGUGCUGAUGUUGGCUUUUGAAGCCCCAAACUGCGGCUGGCAGAAUAUUACAGAGGCUGGUCUGAGAUGCACUGCAAACAAUGAAUUUUGGUUACAAAGGUAGCCGAAUUUAUCUAGUCCAACAUUGUGUUCGAGAGACAGAAGUUUUGUCGACAAUGGUGGAUGCAUGUUCUGUAAUGAAGGCCUAUGUGUUUGUUUGGCUUUAUAAAUCCCCAAACUGCGGCUGGCAGAAUAUUACAGAGGCUGGUCUGAGAUGCACUGCAAACAAUGAAUUUUGGUUACAAAGGUAGCCGAAUUUAUCUACUCCAACAUUGUGUUCGAGAGACGAAAGUUUCGUCGACAAUGGUGGAUGCAUGUUCUGUAAUGAAGGCCUAUGUGUUGGUUGGCUUUAUAAAGCCCCAAACUGCGGCUGGCAGAAUAUUACAGAGGCUGGUCUGAGAUGCACUGCAAACAAUGAAUUUUGGUUACAAAGGUAGCCGAAUUUAUCUACUCCAACAUUGUGUUCGAGAGACAGAAGUUUCGUCGACAAUGGUGGAUGCAUGUUCUGUAAUGAAGGCCUAAGUGUUCGCUGGCUUUAUAAAGCCCAAAACUGCGACUGGCAGAAUAUUACAGAGGCUGGUCUGAGAUGCACUGCAAACAAUGAAUUUUGGUUACAAAGUUAGCCGAAUUUAUCUAGUCCAACAUUAUGUUCGACAGACAGAAGUUUUGUGGACAAUGGUGGGCUCAUUUUCUGUAAUGAAGGCCUAAGUGCUGAUGUUGGCUUUAUAAAGCCCCAAACUGCGGCUGGCAGAAUAUUACAGAGGCUGGUCUGAGAUGCACUGCAAACAAUGAAUUUUGGUUACAAAGGUAGCCGAAUUUAUCUAGUCCAACAUUGUGUUCGAGAGACAGAAGUUUUGUCGACAAUGGUGGAUGCAUGUUCUGUAAUGAAGGCCUAUGUGUUUGUUUGGCUUUAUAAAGCCCCAAACUGCGGCUGGCAGAAUAUUACAGAGGCUGGUCUGAGAUGCACUGCAAACAAUGAAUUUUGGUUACAAAGGUAGCCGAAUUUAUCUACUCCAACACUGUGUUCGAGAGACAUAAGUUUCGUCGACAAUGGUGGAUGCAUGUUCUGUAAUGAAGGCCUAUGUGUUGGUGUUGGCUUUAUAAAGCCUCACACUGCGGCUGGCAGAAUAUAACUGACGCUGGUCUGAGAUGCACUGGAAAAAUGUUGGUAACAAAUUUAACCGAUACUCUUGUCAAACUAUGUGUGCGACAGACAGAGAGUUCGGCAGAAUAGUACUGAAACUUGUCCCAAAAUGGGCAACGUUGUCUGUAAUGGCGGCCUUUGGUGAUGAGGUUUGUUUCCUUGCACAUUUCACCAUAUUACUCCUUUUGCUUUAUAAUUUGUUAGGUUUUUGUUGCUGGGUAUAGUUGGACAGGGUUUAUAGUUUAAAUAUUGUAAGCUGCUUUUACAUUGUUUUGCUUUCUAAAUAAUAACCAUUCAUGACAGUGGUAUUGCUAAAAUAGUUUAAAUUAAUGUUAAAAGUGCAUGGAAAGAAGUAAGUUUAAACAUUAGUGUGAAAUCUCGGAAUGUGGCUUUUAAAGUUGUUUAGUUCUUAAUUUUCAUUGCGAUGUGUUCGUUUUCAUUCCAUUUUGUUGUAACGUGUGAUAACAAAACUGAAAGAUUUUGUGGCGUUAUGGUUGUUCAUAAUCCACUCUGUCAUACUGACAACCAUUUUCCUCACCACUUUAUUACUCUUAUAUUAUUUGCCACCAAAUGUUUAUGAAUUAUUGACUUUGAUUGACAGGGUAUAAUUGUCUCGCUUUUCUGGAUACCUUCCUCCUCCACGAAAGGCUCAGUGAGUCGAGUUGUCUUUUCCAAUGGGUUAAAGGUGGUUGAGGAAUGUUCAUUCUGUGUUGUAAAAAACACUAUAAUGACAACAAUACUGUAGGCUCCUAACAACGAACACACUUUCUGUGAUAUGCCUUUCUUUGGCUUUGUUGACCCUAGGUCAACUCAUAGCUAAUUUGCAUAAACGCUGUGCAGAACACCCUGAACUGUGUCCCCCAGACGACAAAACAAGCUCGCAUCGCUCUUUAAAAAGGCCUACGUGUUAUGUUGUCCCAUUAUGUUAGUUAUGGACGAUCGAAAACAUAUAAUAUAGUGUUUAAUGUUUCGUCCGAUUUGGAAAGUGGUUUAGUUUUUUGCAGUAAGUGGACACAAACAAUUAUGCACACGAUCUUUCAUUACUUUGGGCGUUAAAAUAAAUUUACCUUUUCAUUUGGGGUGCAAGCGGGGGUAAAUACUUAAUUUGUAGAGGAUAACAUUGAACCAAAUAUUAAACUAUUUCUUGAAUCCAUUUGGGAUACUGACAAUUAGGGCAAGAUUCUGGGUGGUUGACAUGUCCUGUCUAGUUACGCCACUGUUCAUGGCAUAUACCUUAUAUUUUAGUUAUUGUAUUGUAUUGUGUAUUUCUUAAAUAGUUCUUGUGGCUCAGUUACAGUUUGUUUUAGCGCAUGUGCGUGCAUUGUUUUAGAGGCAAAGUAUUCCUUUGGUUUUUGGAACCAUACAAAAUGUAGCUUUUGCAAUGAAAAGGUGAUUGCAUUUUUCAGACAUCGCCUUAAAUCUGGAGCAAUAUUAUGUCCACACACUGAGGAAAAAUAAUCCGUAAUAGGAAUACAAAAUCUAAAAAGCGUUCGCUUUUGUGGCAUAAAAACUAAUAGCCUUUUUCGUUUUAUAAAUAACCACAUUAUUUUGAAGUUUCUCGAAACGCUUUAUAUUAUCGAAACUGCUGUAUAGGUUCUAAACCAAAAGUUUACUUUGCCAUUAAAACGUAUUGGACCCUACCUGAAUUCCCUUUUAACGUAGACAAGAUUGUAUAAUGAAUUCUACUUUAAUAAUAUUUGCAUUUAAAUUUUUUAGCAUAGUGUACUUGAGUCGUAUUUGCAUUCUUUCCGAUUUUUAAUAAAUGCCAAAUUCUAUUUGCCUGCCUA